GGCUGAGAUUGAACCUGCUGCCCAGGCAAAGCCUGAAAAGAAGGCUGGAGAAGAGGUUGGGGGUGGGGCUGAAAGAGAGAAUGAAGUCCCGUUGGUGGUCAGACCCAAGGUUAGGACCCAGGCACAGGUAAUGCCUGGGGCAAGGCCCAAAACUGAGACGAAGUCUAUGCCUGGGGCAAGGCCCAAAACCGAGUCCCAGGUAGUGACUGGGGCAAGGCCCAAAAGCGAAACCCAGGCAGUGGCUGGGGCAAGGCCCAAAAGCGAAUCCCAGGCAGUGGCUGGGGCAAGGCCCAAAACCGAGUCCCAGGCCAUGGCUGGGGCAAGGCCCAAAGCUGAAGCAAGGGCAGUAGGGGGAGCACGUCCUAAGACCGAGGCCAAGGUAAUCCCUGGGGCAAGGCCCAAAGAUGAAGCCCAAGCUUGGGCCCAGACUGAGUUUGGGGCUGAGGCAAUGUCGCAAACAGAAGGCCUGACCCAGACCAAUGCUGUAGCCUGGCCACUCGUCAGUACUGAGUCUGGGUCAGUUGCUAAACCUAUGGCCCUGUCUGUGGACAGGGAGCUGGUCAAUGUGGACACUGAGACGUUUCCUUGCUCCCAGGUUGAGACAGGAGUUCAACCCUGGUUUGGAUCAGGGGAGGAAGCUAAUAUGGGGUCUUGGUGCUAUCCCAGGCCCCGGGCCAGAGAGGAGGCCUCUAAUGAGUCUGGAUUCUGGUCAGCAGAUGAGACCUCUACAAUGUCUUCUUUCUGGGCCGGAGAAGAGGCCAGUAUCAGAUCAUGGCCCAGGGAAGAGGCCAAUACCAGGUCCAGGCACAGGGCCAAACAUCAGCCUAACCCCAGGUCCAGGCCCAGAUCCAAGCAAGAUCCCUAUAUUGAUUCUUGGUCUGGGUCUGAAGAGGAGUCUGGCAACCCAUUUUGCUUGUGGGCUGGGGAAAAUACCAAUAACCUGUUCAGGCCCAGAGUCAGGGAUGAGGCAAAUAUGAGGUCCAAGCUUAGGACCAAGAGAGAGGACUUUUUUGAGUCUGAGUCUGAAGAUGAGUACUAUAAGGAGUCCUGGUUUUUGCCUGGAGAAGAAGCCAAUAGUAGCUUCAGGACCAGAGACAAGGAAGAGCCUAAUACUGUCUUGAAGCCCAGGGCCCAGAAAGAUGUUAAUCACAGUGGUAGGGUCAAACAAGAGCCCAGAUUUGAAGAGGAAGUCAUUAUUGGGUCCUGGUUCUGGGCAGAGAAAGAGGCGGGUAUGGAGGCUGGGGCUUCUGCCAUCUGUGAAUCCACACCAGGGGCCGAGGAGGGGGCCAUUGGUGGAUCCUUGUUCUGGACUGAGGAAAAGUCCAGUUUGGGGGCUGUGGCCAGAGAAGAGGCCAGGCCAGAGUCUGAAGAAGAGGCCAUAUUUGGGUCCUGGUUCUGGGAUAGAGAUGAGGCCUGCUUUGACCUAAAUCCCAGUCCUGUGUACAAAGCCAAUUCUAGAUACAGAGAUUCAGCUGAGGAUGAACUUAAGGCAUCAUCCAGGCCCCAGACCUGGGAAGAGGUCACUGUUGAAUUCAAACCUGGUCUUUGUCAUGGGGUUGGCUUCCCAUCCCCAAGCUCCUUUAGAAUUCCUGAAGAAGCAGCAUCUGUAUUCUCUGAAAUGUUUGAGGGAAAGCCCAAGAAUACAGAAUUUACCCCAGAAGGGGAAGACCAGGAAUCUUUGCUUCAGUCUGAACAACUUGAACCUGAAUUCCCAUUUCAGUAUGAUCCAUCCUACAGGUCAGUCAGGGAAAUUCGGGAGCAUCUUAAGGCCAGGGAGAGUGCAGAGCCUGAGAGUUGGUCCUGCAGCUGCAUACAGUGUGAGCUUAAAAUUGGUACUGGAGAGUUUGAAGAACUUCUUCUAUUAAUGGACAAAAUCCGAGAUCCUUUUAUUCAUGAAAUAUCUAAAAUUGCAAUGGGUAUGAGAAGUGCUUCUCAAUUUACCCGAGAUUUC